AUGCAGACAUCAACUUUUGGUGUUAAAGGAGCCACUUUGGGGGUUCCAAAGCGAAGGGGGUUGGUGGAUUUUGGGGAGUUCAGAAAUGGGAGUGUUUUGAAACCCAGAAGAGUGUCCAUGACAAAGAAUAACACUGAUCUGUGCGGGUUAAGGCUUGGUUCUGCCACUAUGGAAACUGAGCUGAUUGGUACCAAAGUUGGUUUUGGUGGCAAAUUUGGGUCACCCGUUAUGCCCAGAUCAGUCAGGGUUAUGGCUUCUGAUGGUAAUAUUGAGGAUGUUGUCCCAACUACCAUUCAGAGCAAAUCUUCUGGAACUGUUCUACCGUAUGUUGGUGUUGCUUGCCUUGGAGCCAUUUUAUUUGGCUACCAUCUUGGGGUGGUAAAUGGUGCUCUUGAAUACUUGGCUAAGGAUCUUGGAAUCACUGAAAAUACUGUUCUACAAGGCUGGAUUGUCAGCACACUACUUGCUGGUGCCACUGUUGGUUCAUUUACUGGCGGAUCAUUGGCUGACAAAUUUGGAAGAACUAGGACUUUUCAAUUAGCUGCAAUCCCUCUAGCAAUUGGAGCAUUUCUUAGUGCUACAGCCCAGAGUGUUCAACCAAUGAUCACUGGUCGGUUACUUGCUGGUAUAGGAAUUGGUGUUACAUCUGCUAUAGUACCACUAUACAUAUCUGAGAUUUCACCAACCGAAGUUCGUGGUGCACUCGGGUCUGUUAAUCAACUUUUUAUAUGUAUUGGGAUUCUUCUGGCCCUGGUAGCUGGGCUGCCUCUGGCAAGAAACCCUAUAUGGUGGCGGACAAUGUUUGGCAUUGCAGUAGUUCCAUCUGUAUUGUUAGCACUAGGAAUGGCAAUUUCUCCAGAAAGUCCACGCUGGCUUUUUCAGCAAGGAAGACUCUCUGAAGCUGAAAAGGCUAUUAAAACACUUUAUGGAAAAGAAAGAGUUGCCACAGUUAUGCUUGACUUAUCAACAGCAAGUCAAGGUUCGUCUGAACCUGAAGCAGGGUGGUUUGAUCUGUUUAGUAGCCGAUAUUGGAAAGUUGUCAGUGUUGGGGCAGCACUUUUCUUGUUCCAGCAGUUGGCUGGAAUAAAUGCUGUAGUGUAUUAUUCAACUUCUGUUUUCCGUAGUGCUGGAAUUGCUUCUGAUGUUGCAGCAAGUGCCUUGGUUGGUGCGUCAAAUGUUUUUGGAACUGCUAUCGCCUCCUCCUUGAUGGACAAACAAGGAAGGAAAAGUCUCCUUAUCACAAGCUUUAGUGGGAUGGCUGCUUCUAUGUUGCUUCUUUCUCUUUCUUUUACUUGGAAGGUUCUUGCACCAUACUCUGGCACCCUUGCUGUCCUUGGGACUGUUCUCUAUGUCCUAUCCUUCUCUCUUGGUGCUGGACCUGUCCCUGCCCUUCUUCUACCGGAGAUAUUUGCUUCCAGAAUUAGAGCAAAGGCAGUUUCUUUGUCAUUAGGCACACAUUGGAUCUCCAACUUUGUCAUCGGCCUCUACUUCUUGAGUGUUGUAAACAAGUUUGGAAUCAGCUCCGUGUACUUGGGAUUCUCAGCUGUUUGUGUUCUUGCUGUUUUGUACAUAACUGGUAAUGUUGUGGAAACAAAGGGUCGAUCAUUGGAGGAAAUAGAACGUGCUCUCAGUUCUUCAGCUUGA